UUUAACAAUGUGUUUCAUAUGUGCGCACUAAAUGAUUAAGGGAUUUGUUACUUCAACUCCUUAAAUAGUGCUUGGGCAAGUGUUUACAAUUUUGGGCAUGCGGCUGCUGUUACCACAACUGUUGCAUGCAACAUGGAUGGCGAAAAUCGGAUUAUAUUAAAUGUGGGCGGAAUUAGAUAUGAAACCUACAAGGCGACGCUCAAGAAAAUACCUGCAACGCGCCUCUCACGCCUGACCGAAGCCCUGGCUAAUUAUGAUCCGGUGCUCAAUGAAUAUUUCUUCGAUCGUCAUCCGGGCGUCUUUACGCAAAUACUCAAUUAUUACAGAACUGGCAAACUGCAUUAUCCCACAGACGUGUGCGGUCCGCUGUUUGAGGAGGAACUUGAGUUCUGGGGCCUCGAUUCGAAUCAGGUAGAACCAUGCUGCUGGUCAACUUAUAGCAUACAUCGCGAUACGCAAAACACCUUAGCUAUAUUAGAUAAACUAGAUAUUGAAAAUGAGAAACCCACGGAAGAGCAAAUAGCGCGUCUAUUUGGCUUCGAGGAGGCUUUAAGCAACGGCGAGCUUAACUGCUGGCAACGUCUCAAGCCCAAGAUCUGGGCCAUGUUCGAUGAGCCCUCUAGCUCAACGGGCGCUAAGUUUGUUGCUGGCAUGUCGGUAUUCUUUAUAUUUGUUUCUGUGAUAUCAUUCUGCCUGAAAACCCAUCCUGGUUUUCGCGUGGACCUGCCCACCAGCUACAGCGGCUCCGCUGGCCACGAUCCGCUUGCGUCGCCCAUACCUCAGCAACAAUCGCAGCUGCAUCAGCAGCAGCAACAGCAACAUCAAUACCAUCAGCAUAGUAUAACGCCACCUAGCGGCAGUAUUGGUCCCACAUUUCGUGUCACGAACUAUACGAGCUACAGCAGCGGCAAUCUGAGCGCUGCCCAAGCCACGCCCAUAGCCAGCAUGAAGGGGCGACAGCGUCUGAAACGUGAUCUCAAUACGACAAACACCUUCAAUGAGUUUUUCGAACAAAAGCUUCUGGGUAAUGAUGGAGGACAACAACAUGGCUGGGUCGAGACCUAUGGCCAGCCACAUAAGGCGUUCUUCUACGUGGAGCUCGUUUGCAAUGUCUGGUUCUUCAUCGAGGUGGUCAUCAGACUCAUUGUCUCGCCCAAUCUGUGGCAGUUCAUCAAGUCACCGGUGAACAUAAUUGAUUUCACGGCCACGCUCAGCUUUUAUACGGAUGUUAUGCAACGCAUGGGCGAAUAUACGGGCCUGCUGGAGGCCUUCUCCAUAGUGCGCAUUAUGCGUCUCUUCAAGCUGACACGUCACUCGCCCGGAUUACGUAUACUCAUACACACCUUCAAGGCCUCGGCCAAGGAAUUGACGCUGCUUGUGUUCUUUCUCGUUCUGGGCAUUGUCUUCUUCGCCAGCCUGGCGUAUUAUGCUGAAAAAUUGCAGGACAAUCCAGAUAAUCAAUUCAAGAGUAUACCACUGGGCCUAUGGUGGGCUAUCGUCACGAUGACCACAGUGGGCUAUGGCGAUGUGGCGCCCAAGACCUAUCCGGGCAUGUUUGUUGGUGCACUGUGCGCCCUGGCUGGCGUGUUGACCAUAGCCCUACCCGUACCUGUUAUCGUUAGCAACUUCUCCAUGUUCUAUUCGCACACGCAGGCCCGCUCCAAGUUGCCCAAGAAACGUCGCCGAGUUUUGCCCGUGGAGCAGCCGCGUCGCAAACGUGAGCCGCCGGCGCCGCAUCGCGGCCGCACGAACGCCAUCAAGCAGACGACGCCGACGGUGGGGGGUGUGGUUGGCGCACAUACCACGCUGCAAACGCCCGCGCCCAUGUUUAAGGAUGCGUUUGGUAGCGCCAAAAUUGCGGACUACUUAAGUGUGCCCGCCGUGCAGAGCCUGCAGCCGAGGGCGGCAACAACCGGACACGACUUCAUGCUGCCGCUCCAGCCGAAACCUGCCGUGCCCCUGGAACGCAAGGAUCAGCAUCCUCUACAGCUGACCGCCCACAAUUUGGCCUCCGAUACGCAACAGCUGUAUGGCAGCCACGGCCACAGCCCCAAAGUGGGCACCGCGCUGAGUGUGCCGCCCACCAUCAGCAUGACGCACACUCAAAUGCCGCCGGGCAUGGCCAGCAUGGGCCAGCGCACACCGAAUCUCAGCUACCGGGCCACACACACACAUACGCAUGCGCCCAUACAGCAGCCCAUACCGCAGCACUAUCAGCAGCUGGAGUCGUCCUCCACGUCGAACAACUGCAACAUCAAGAUCUCCGUGGCAGGCGCCUCGGCCCCAACAUGUGCCGACGAGCAUGGCCAGAGCAUGGCGCCCAAGGUGACGCUGCUGGACGAUCUGAGCGAUGAGAUCAACUCAUCGACAGAUGACUGCGCCGAGUGCUGCCUGGUGGAUGACAGCGAUACGUACGAGACCAGCAACAACAAUGGCGUCUCCUGCGGCAAUCGGCAGGCCCAGCCGGAGGAGGAGAGCGCCACGGCUGAGGACAGCGGCGACAGCUCUGGCGGCAUUUACGUUGGCCCCAAGCAUUGAUUAUUGGCCAUCAAGUGGGAAUUUCCCUGCUAGUCGAGACAACGACAUGGCUGCAGAUCCUAUACAAACAUAUAGAUGUAUUUAUUAUAUAUAUGUAACAGAAAAUCAUAUAUCUUUGGUCAACAGUUUUUGACCAUUUAAUAUUUUACUCAAUUUAUGUGGUUUAUCUAAAUGUAAAAUCGAAAGUGUCAAAAGAAAAUGAAAGUUUUUGUAAAUAUUCGUUUAGUUUUUAGGGCAAGGUAUCAAGAACAGAACAGAACUUAUAUAGCGCAUGUCCAUUCAAACUUAUCUGAGGUUCAAACGUAAUUUUUGGUCCAAUACUUAUAGUUUUUUGAUGUGAAAUUAAAAACAAAAUGAAAAUUCAAGGAUUUUCAAACACAUUUGAUAUGGAAAGAAAACAAAACACCUAAAAAAAUAUAGUAAAUAGAGCAGAGGAAAGUUAGUUGAAUGUAAACUGAAUUCAAAUGAUGCAUCAUAGGAAAUAUAGUAAGUAGCUAAGUAAAUAAAUAAUUAGACAGGCUCAAGCAACUCGUUUACAGUAAAUAAAGUAAAUUAUAAUAUUUACUUACUAC